AUGACAGAGUUGCUGGCCCAGAUAGACGCUUAUACCCAGGAAUUUUCCGCCACAGUCAUAGAUGUAGUUGACGGCGGAGUGGUCCUGGAUCGCACUGUUUUUUUUGUUGGCGGCGGGGGACAACCUUGUGAUACCGGAAUUCUGAACGAUGGCAAUCAGAGUUACGUGGUCAAGAAAGUAGGCCGCUCUGAUGGAAAGAUAGUCCAUCGAAUCGAUGGGGCGCUGCCCAAUGUAGGUGCAUCUGUUACAGGGCGAAUAGACUGGGAAACUCGAUAUCGGCUCAUGCGGACGCACACUGCUCUCCACAUACUGUGCGGUGUGGUGUGGCGAGACUACGGGGCCAAGGUAACCGGUGGUGAUAUGCGGCCCGGCGAAGCCCGUAUGGACUUUGAACUUGAACAGAUGAGCGCCGAGUUCGCCAGCGAAGUGGAAGAAAAGAUCAAUGCCGAAGUCGCCGCCAGCCGGCCGAUACAUGUCCACAACCUCAGCCGUUCAGAAGCAGAGCAAGUGCCUGAUCUCAUACGCACCAAGAUCAACCUGCUUCCUCCCAACAUACAGAAGGUCCGGACGAUCGAUAUAUCAGGACUGGACCUGCAGGCUGACGGAGGAACCCACGUAGCCAACACAUCUGAGGUGGGCGGUAUAAGGGUGGUUGGACACGAGAGCAAGGGUCGCAUAAACAAACGCCUGCGAAUUGCCUUGGUGGACUAG